UCUCAGGCACAACAAGUGUCGUUCCGUUCGGUCACUCAACAUGAUUACCAUUCAAGCAUUGAUAGUUAUAUUUAAAUUAAUAGCAUAUUUGUUUAUUUCAUUCGUGUUUUUAAUUAUAACUUUAAAAAUGUGGUUAGAACCGAAAUCGGGAGUGUGUAGAUGCAAGACGAAACUGCACGGCAAAACGGCUCUAGUGACCGGUGGAAAUUCUGGUAUAGGAUUAGAAACAGCGAGGGACUUAGCUGGAAGAGGCGCAAGAGUUAUCAUCGCUUGCAGGAACGAAGAGAAAUCAAAACAAGCUAUCGCCGAUAUAAUCGAAACAACUGGGAACAAUAAUGUUGAAUACAGACAUUUGAAUCUUUGCAAGUUUAGUAGUAUUAGAGAAUUUGCUGAUAAUUUCAAUAAGACUGUUGACCGUUUGGAUUUCUUAGUCAAUAAUGCGGGCUGCGCCGGUCUUCCAUUGAAAAUAUCCGACGAUGGUCUUGAUUUAGUGUUGCAAACAAAUCAUUUUGGACCAUUUCUUCUAACUAAUUUAUUAAUGGACAAAUUAAUAGCAUCAAUGCCAAGUCGUAUUAUUAUUGUUUCAUCUUUUUUACAUAAUUUCGGAAGAUUGGAUAUUAACGAUCUGGGCGAUGUGAAUACAAAAGGAUAUUAUUUUACCAAAUAUGCGAAUAGCAAGUUAUGCAACCUUCUUUGGAUGAAAGCGCUAGUAAAAAGACUACCAAGUGGGGUGACUGUCAACUCCUUGCACCCUGGAUUUGUAUGGACAAAUAUAUUCAAAAGACUACACACUUUAGCUGAAAAGCUCGUAUAUAUUUUAACAACUUUGAUGUUCAAGGAUUCUAAAGAAGGAGCUCAGACAAGUAUACAUCUAUGUGUUUGUCCAGAACUUAGUGAGGUCAGUGGUGAAUAUUUUAAGGAUUGUAAAAUGCAUUCAUACCACAAACUGUGUAAAGACGAUGUGUUUGUUGAUAAGUUUUGGGAAAAAUGUAUAUCACUUACUGCAAAAAAGUAACCAAUGUUAUAUUUUAACCAUGAAACAGUUUUAGGUCACCGUCUCUAAAACUCGAUCAGUCCUACUCUAAAUUAGAAAUUAAGGGUAGACCUUUACGACAACUCCUACAAUAUCUACCUAAUAAUGUACAUAUACAGUAUAGAAUUAUAUAAAUAUAGGGUUAUAACUGUCGUGCGUGACUCUGUCCGGAGGGAAUUAAAAAUAUAUAUUAGUAGCCUAUGUGUUCUUCCAAUCUGUGUUCUAUAUCUAAGC